AUGCGAUUCCUCUUCCUCGAUGACGCUAUCUUGUGGUCACCACGGGGGGAUAUGACGCAUUCAGCCCUUGUUAAAAUGGUCAAACACCGUAACUACAAGUCAGAUUAUAUUGAAUAUGAUCUUGGUAUAUGGGGUGCAAGUUCAUAUAUCCCUCCUGGUUGGGGAGAUGAUCACCCGUUCUUGUCGCCGCUGGCGAGUGAGAAGGGCUUGAGGCUGAGUGUUCCGCUUUUUAUUGAAGUGGGUACAUCUGAGGUGCUUUAUGAUGAUAUUGUGCAAUUUGCGAAUAUGAUGAAGAAGAAUGGGACGGUGGUGGAGAUUCGUGAAGCUCCUAAUGGUGUUCAUGCGAAUUCUGGGAUUGCGAGUAAUUUGGGCAUGUCUGAGGUUGCUGUGGAGGGGCAUGUAUGCGCUGCAACGUUUAUUGCGAGAAUUUGGGAAGAACUUGAGUGA